AUGGAGCGUGAGCUUGUUGAUCUAUUUAUGGGAACUCUUCAAGGAGUUUACUAUGGUCGUUUGGUUGGUUUCACCGCUGCUGGCUUCCCAGAUUUGGUCACGGUUGGUGAGCAUGUUGAAGUGGGUAUCAAGCUUGGUAAUAUUCAAUUUCCUAGUUCUAGAAGUUCAUUUGAUAAGGGUAAGAAGCCUUUCACGGGCUUUUCAAAGAAGAAAGAAGAUUCUAGUGUUGCUUAUGUUGGUAAAGUGUCGGACCCUCUCCAUGCCAGUCAUGAUCCAAAUGUCAGAUGUGUUUUUCACUCCGGAGGUGUCGGACACGACAUCGAGAACUGUUGGGCAUUCAAACACAAAGUGCAAGACCUUAUUGAUAAUGAGACUAUUGAGUUUGAAUCUCCUAAUGGACCAAAUGUGGUGCAGAAUCCCAUGCCACCUCAUGGAGGUGCUGCUGUGAGUGCUAUUGAAGUGGAUGAAGAGUUAAACAUGAUCAUGGAUUGUAAUGGUUGUGAUUGUCUGGCGUCUGCGAUUCAGAAUCUAAUUAACGAGGGGUCUCUACAGUUUGACCGUAUGAAAAAGAAAGUUGUAGAGGAAGUUGAUGUUAUCACCAUUCCUGUGCCUCCAAAGAAAUCCAUUGUUCGUAUUACUUUACCGGGCCCUGUUCCUUAUAGCAGUGAUAAAGAUGUUCCAUGGAACUAUGGGGAAGAAGUAUAUUACCAAGGGAAGAAGGUUGAUGUUAAAACUCCUAAUUCUGAUGUUAAUGAUGUUGGUGGAACUGUUCUAAUUACUAGAAGUGGUCGUGUGUUCUCUCCUGUUCAAAAGACUCCCGAGGUAAAUGUUGAGGAUUUGGCUAAAGCCAAAGGGAAAAGAGUUGUAGUUAAAGGAACUGAUGUUGAGCCAGAACUUUCUGUUCCCGAACCUCCUGUGCAGAGUACUCAACCUUCUGGUUCGAAUUCGGGGAUGCCAUCUAAUGAAGAAGUUGAAGAGCUUAUGAGAUACAUCCAAAAAAGUGAUUAUAGACUGUUGAACACUUCCUUUGUACCACAAGAGAUAUCAGUAAAUCAGUUUGAACAUGUAGUUGCGAGCAUUACUGCGAGCAAUGGUUUAGGUUUCACUGAUUUUGAUUUUCCUCCCGAGGGAAGAAAGCACAACAAAGCUCUUCAUAUUUCUUUGGAAUGUACAAGUGUGACUUUGUCCCGUGUGCUAGUUGACACGGGUUCGUCUUUAAAUGUACUCCCAAAAGCGGCGCUGAUGAAUUUGAACUAUCAAGGGGUGGAGAUUCGACCAAGUGAUUUGAUGGUGAGAGCCUUUGAUGGGUUUAGGAGGGCUUUCUUUGGUGAAGUUGACUUACCAAUAAAGAUAGGGCCUCAAGUGUUUACUGCUAACUUCUUUGUUAUGGAUAUACAGUCGGCCUAUUGCUGUUUGUUAGGAAGACCAUGGAUACAUGAGGCAAGUGUUGUUACUUCUAGACUGCAUCAGAAGCUAAAAUAUCCUAUUGGUAGCAAGAUCGUCACUGUUUGUAGUGAGAAGGAUUAUGUGAUAAGACAUCUUAACUCUUUCCGAUAUGUUGAAGUGGAGGGGGAGAUCCACGAGACCCCGUUUCAAGCGUUUGAGGUCGUACAUGCUAUUAAGAUUCCUCAUGUUAAGGAGAAGAAGCCAGAAAUCUCUAUGUCAUCAUUCAAACAAGCCCAAGCUGUUAUGGAAUCUGAACACCCUGAAGGUUGGGGUAGAGUGUUGGAACUGCCAACUCGAAAGGACAAGUGUGGGUUGGGAUUCAAGUUUGAUCAAGAAUGGAGGAACCAGAAGAAGAAUAGUACCCCCGAGACUCAGCAGGCCGUUGGCCCUAUCAAGUUUAUCAGUGCUGGGAAGAGCACAGAAGAGGAUGCUUGUGUUGUUGAAGACGAAGUGGAUAGUGAUUAUGAUCUAGAAAAUUGGAUUCACCCAACAGUCCCCCGUCAAGAGCUAUCUAAUUGGACUUCUGAAGAACUUAUCACGGUCACCCGCGUGGAGGAGUAA